AUGAAGUUCUGUGCUGUGUUUCUGGCCGUCCUGGUCCUGGCCGUGCUGAGCCCCGGUGGCUCGGCCGAGCAGGCACGCGAUGCUCUCGUCGCAGCCGGUGGACCAGAGUACGAAGUGGGCAAUUCGGCCGACGUGCUGUACACAGCCUCCGGUGCCUCGGAUGACUACGUGUACAGCGAGGGCGUCCCGUAUGCGUAUACCGUCGAGCUGACCGGCGGUGGUUUGGAAGGGUUCGAUCUGCCGGCCUCGGAGCUGUCGAAGGUGGCCUCCGAUACGUUCGUGCUGUUUAAAGUUUUUGGUCAGUACGCCGGCACUCUGACGGUAUCUUAAUAUCUCAGAAGAACCUUCGAUCGCUUAUCAGUGCGUGAUGCGCUUCUUACGGUGAAUCGGUUAUAAACUGUACAAGCAAUUUCAUUGAGUAAUGCAAUAAAAAAGGUGCAAUCGU